AUGGCAGUUUUACAACAACGUUGGAAAAACCUAGCGGUUUCUGUAGCUGAUGCUAUCCUUACCAUUUCCAUGAAUAGACCCAAAGUGAAUGCUAUGUCAGCUGAACUACUCAAUGAUCUUGAACAGGCAUUUGAUCAUGCGUCGAAGGAUGUCACGAUUAAAGGUGUUCAUUUACGAUCGAAUUUUAGUUCGACAUUUUGUGCCGGCUUAGAUCUUGCUAAUAUGUAUGAUCAUUGUUCCAAACGUCAAAAGCCGAUAAUUGAUAAGUUCCUGUUUGAAACUGUUGCUCGUGGUGUUAGCGCUCCUUUUCGUUGUUCCAAGCCAGUUGCUUGUUCAUUGGAAGGUCAUGCAAUUGCUGGUGGCUUAAUAUUGGCUCUUGCAUGUGAUUAUAUAGCUGUAGGCACACGAAAACCAUUUUCUGUCGGCGUAACUGAAAUAACCGUCGGCGUUCCAUUUCCAACGAUACCACUCGAAAUUGUACGGCAUCAACUUGAACCACAACUUGCUCACAGAAUAAUUCUGGAUGCAAAUCUCAUUUCCAUAAAAGAUUUUCCUCAUUCCUGGGACAAAAGUGAAACACCCGAUGAUCUGUCACGAAAAUGGUUAAAAAUGAUUAUGCAAAGACCCUUACAAGGUUUUCAAAUAACAAAAGAAAAAUGGUGGUCUAAUGUUACAAAAUUAAUCGGUGCUGAGAGCAAGCGAGAGAAAGAGGAUUUCCUUGAAGUAAUUACUAGUAACGAAUGUGUAGAAGCAAUGAAAAAGAUGCUUAAGAAAUAG